AUGAGCAAACACAAAAAGGCCAAGCAACUACCCAACAAUAAGAAAAAGAAACAACAACAGCAGAAAAAGAAUGCUACCCAAAAAGUUCCGUCCAUUGAUGAACUGAUCCAAGCUGGAGAUGCUGCUUCCUUGGCCAUGGAGGGAGACAAGGCCAUGGCCUUUUAUACUUCGGCAUUGACAUUGAUGGAUGAUGAUAAAUCCUCCUCCAAGACUGAUGCAGAUGCGACAUCACCAAAGCUAUUCGUUCAUGUAUUGGAAAAAUUGGGAGAACUCAAAGCAUCCGAAGGAAAUUCAGGAGCGGCCAAACAAGAUUUUGAACGGGCCAUUGCCAUCAUGACAACAAACAACACUACGGACAAUCCAAAAGAGGCAGCACAGUACCAAGAAACACUGGCAGGUCUCCAUCUAUACAUUGGACAAUUGAGUUGCGAACAAGAAGCAUUGCAAGCUUACCAAAAGGGAUUGCAGUGUCUAGAGACAGCUCUCCAAGUCAGGCAACAACAAGAUACAACUGUUAGUCCCGCCGAGGAAGCAGAAGCUUCCAUGGAGGUGGAGAACGAAAAGGAGGAAAAUGGACCACAAGUGGCACUCAAGGAAGUUAGACGAAAACUUGCCAGUGCACGGGCCACUGUCGCAGAACUCUAUCUCACCGAUUUGUGCUACGAUGACAAUGCCGAAACCGAAUGUGAAAAGUACGUCAACUUGGCACUGGAAAUAAAAGAGGACGACGACAAUGAUGACAAGGAACCCUGCAUGGUCGAUGCCCUUCAAACAGCCGCCAGUCUCAAACUAUCGCAACAACAAACACAGUCGGCACUCGCAUUUAUAUUGAGAGCGUUUCGAAAAAUGCAAGUGGGUUGUGAAGCAUUGUCGCAAUUGGGAGGAAUGGACGGUAAGCGCGCGGUGGAAUUGUUGGAAGUCGAUGCCGCCGAAAGUCUUCCCAGUUUUGAUUUUCGAUGUCAAACCGCGAAACUGCUCCUCGAAUGUGCUACUAAUAGUGCGGGUGAGGAGGAUGCCACGAAAUGUCACACGGCGGCCAUUCAAGUGCUGGGGAGUCUACUGGCGGAAAAUGACGAGGUGCCAGACAUUUACUAUCUACUGGGUUGUGCUUACAAUGGCGAAAACAACGCGGAGCUGGCACAGUAUUACUGGAAAAAGGCCAUGGAGAUGCUGGAAGCGAUUCAAAAGGAAAUGGAACAACAACAAGCAGAAGAUGGUGACAUGCAGGUAGAAGAGGAUGAGGAUGACAAUGAUGAAAUGGAAAUGCAGAUUCAAGCCAUUUCGUGUCAAAUAGAGGAAAUCAAAUCCAAAUUGGAGGAUCUAGAAAGUAAGGAGCCGUCUACAAACAAGGCGUCAUCGAAGACCACGGAUGAAAUGGAAGAGUAG